AUGGUGCCAUGAAACGAAACUUUAAUCGUGCGAACAAGUUGUCUGCGGGCGGACGUGCGCAUUUUUUGGUUGUUUAAUUUUUAUUCAACACCAAUACGACAAAAAGAACUUCGCACAUUCCGUUGACUUUUGUAUACACCGGCUUACACUUGUUUGCAUUUGCAUUUGGAAUUUUUGGCGCAGACUUAAAUAGUGCAUUCAAUAAACCCUGCUAAUCGGACAGAGCAAUAGAACCAGCUGGCGAAAUGGACCCACACGCACACCACAACGCACCCGCUGUUGAACUGAUAGAUCAUUCCAUGCACGGCCACGAUCAUGCAAACAUGCAUCACGAUCACGAUCACAUGGGACUGGAUGCCACCACGCUGACGCCGCCUUUGGCGACGACCCACGGCGAUCUACCGAUGACCAUGCAUGCGGGUCAUCAUCAUGGCGGUGGCGGCACCGGCACUGGCAUGGAGCACAUGAUGUCCAUGGCGUUCCACUUUGGCUAUGAUGAAACCAUCCUCUUCUCGUGGUGGCACAUCGACACGGUGGCUGGUCUGAUUGGUUCGAUGAUAGCCAUCUUUUUGCUGGCGCUGCUCUAUGAGGGCCUCAAGUACUAUCGCGAGUAUCUGUUCUGGAAGACGUACAACCUGCUUGAGUAUCGGCCCGUCACGGGACCCCAGCGAAAUCCGGAGGCGCCACGUCUCCCAACGCCCGCCGCUGCCGCCCCUUCUCCUGUGCAAUACGUUGGCGAAGUUGUGCACAAGCAACCACCCACAAUGCUGUCCAUCAACCAUCUGUACCAGACGCUGUUGCACGUGCUCCAGGUGACGCUCUCGUUCCUGCUCAUGCUGAUAUUUAUGACAUACAAUGUCUGGCUCUGCAUGAUGGUCGUCCUGGGCGCUGGAGUUGGCUAUUUCCUGUUCUGCUGGAAGAAAUCGGUUAUCGUCGAUGUGACCGAACAUUGUCACUAACAGCGCUCGAUUGGAAAUCCAAUCAGAAGUGCGUUCCAGGCGAUACGAUAAAGCAGACCCUGCGGAGCAGCUGAAUGCUCCAAUAUCUCGAAAUGUCAACAAAAGCAACUACACACAAAGACAUACAUACAAGUUCUCCAACCUCCAUACCCGCAUAUAAACACAUUUUUAGGUAUUAAAAUAUAAAUAUGUAUAUGUAUAUAACUAUAUAUACAUAUGUAUAUACAUUAUCCGUGCUGGAUAAUCGGGGCAACGCAUUUGCCAGCACUCAAA